UUUGUCAAAGUCAAUUUACAUCUACGAUUAGAAUUUGUACAGGAGGAGAUCCGAAAAUUUAAGAGAUUCGUUUCCUCUUGCUUUUUUCGAUCUACUUUUAACAAAACAAUGGGAGAAGUAUCACUAGAAACGGCAGCUUAUGCCAAGAUUAUCUUACACGCUGCCAAAUACCCGCACUGCGCUGUGAACGGGGUCCUUCUAGCUGAUGCCACAAAAAUCAGGGAUGGAGCUAAAAACCAGGACCUGGAUAUUGUGGACACAGUUCCCCUGUUCCACCACAGCCAUUACUUAUCACCGAUGGCUGAAAUAGCCCUGACACAGAUUGAAACCGUGGCUCAGACUGACAACCGUGUGAUAGCUGGCUACUAUGCCGCCUGUGAGAACUUCAAAGACAAUACGGUUGAAAAGUGCCCCGGACAAAAGAUAGCGGAGAAGAUUGCUGAGCACUUCCCUUCAGCUGUGUUUGUUGUCGUGGAUAACAAGAGGAUGAUGCAGCAUCUUGACACUCCAGCCAUCAAGCUGCACAAGUAUGCUGAUGGAAGGUGGAAGCUCAAGGAUGCCAACAGGGUUAUGUUCCAAUCACCGUAUGUCUUGGAGACAGUAUCACACUUGCUGCAACGAGGGGUCCAGAAAGAUCUCGUCGAUUUCGACAACUACCUGGAUGAUUUGUCUCAAGACUGGACCAAUCUUGGCAUUGAGAAGCUGAUUGCCAGCAUCAAUGCGUCGAAUACCAUUGACUGCAAGGAGGAUGAUAAACUUUUCCGAUAAUGUUAAGGGAGUAUUUAGUCAAUUAUUUAUGUAAACUAUAACUUUUUGAUGAUAGUGGAAGCGCAGGGCCUAGCACAAGCAUUUCAGGAUAUUUUGGCAGUAGCUGUCCUGUGCAGGUUCAUCAAUAUUUAAUGGGACUUUAGUAUCCUUUUCAAUUUCGAUUGGAUAACUUCUUUUAGGAACAACCUUAUCACACAGCUGAAAUAAGAUUCCAUUCUUGUUAACUUUGCCAACUAUAGUGCUAUAGUAAGCACUAUUUUGUGGGUAUUUUUACCAAUUAGAUUCAGUUUUAAAAACAUGUAACAAUAUUGUGCUAUAGGUUGUCCAUAUUUCAGUAUGGAUUAGAAGCAUUUUAUCGCAUCGCAGUUUGAAGAAGUAUGAUAAAGUAAGUAGUUUACUUGUGUCGUAAUUAGAGUAAUUUAUUACAUAACUUGAAUAUACGAAUUUUAUAUUACAUAUAUGUGUUAAGGAUUGUUAUAGGACCCGUAGAUAUUAUAUCUGGUUAUACUGCAUUUAGUAUUUGUGUAUUAUUUAUAUUUCAAAAUCAUCUUUAAUUUUUGGGUAAUAUUAAGUGAAGUUAUGAUUUGAAGCAAGUGAAUUCGUUUUUUCCAGUUCCAAAAAAUAGUCACUUUUUCAAGGUAGUGUGCAAUAAACAUGGUAGAAAAUA